AUGUCUGGUUUCAAGAGCCUGACCCUCUUGCUGGUGGCUCAGCUCGCCAAUGCUCAAGGCGGCUACCCGAACCCUCCUGUUGCAGGCCUACCUCGUCUCAAGUCACACGACAGCCGAUUGACACCUGCNUUCCCUGGCACCGAUUACCCUGGCGCCGCAGUGCCAUAUGCUGUCGCCGGCGCCAAAUUCAACCAGACUUCUCCUCCCUACUACCCAUCUCCUUGGGGAACUGGUGCUGGAGAGUGGGCAAGCGCUUAUGAGAAAGCUAUUGCAUUUGUGUCUCAAUUGACUCUUGCUGAGAAGGUCAACUUGACUACUGCCUCUAGUUGGGAGUCCGAGAAGUGCGUCGGCAACACUGGAUCAAUUCCCCGUCUGGGCUUCAAGUCUCUUUGUCUCCAGGACUCGCCUUUGGGUGUCAGAUUCGGCGACUUCGUAUCCGCCUUCUCCGCCGGCGUCACUGUUGCCGCGACAUGGGAUAGAUCACUUGCAUACACGCGCGGUAAUGACAUGGGUAGCGAGCACCGUGACAAGGGUGUCGAUGUCAUGCUUGGACCUGUUGUUGGUCCCCUUGGCCGCAGUCCCGAAGGUGGUCGCAACUGGGAGGGCUUCAGUCCUGACCCUGUUCUCUCUGGUAUUCUGAACGCCGAGACGGUCAAGGGAAUCCAGGAUGCUGGUGUCAUUGCUUGCACCAAGCACUACAUCCUCAACGAGCAGGAGCACUUCAGACAAGGUGGUCCCAACAUCUCUGAUGCUGUGUCUGCCAAUGUUGACGACAUCACUCUGCAUGAGCUGUAUGUCUGGCCCUUCGCCGAUGCUGUCCGCGCCGGUACUGGAAGUGUCAUGUGCUCAUACAACCAGGCCAACAACAGCUACGUCGUAAGUACAAAGAAGAAUGAUGUAAGCAGAGCAACACUAACCGCAUCCAGNUGCCAAAACUCUCACCUCCUGAACAAAGUCCUCAAGGCUGAACUCGGGUUUCAAGGAUUUGUUGUGUCAGACUGGUCGGGGCAGCACUCUGGUGUGUCGAGUGCUCUUGCGGGUCUCGACAUGACCAUGCCCGGAGAUGUCGGCUUCGACAGCGGCACUUCCUUCUGGGGUGCCAACCUCACUGUUGCCGUUCUCAACGGAACCGUUCCUCAGUACAGACUCGACGACAUGGCUGUCCGUAUCGUGGCAGCCUGGUACCUCGUCGACAGAGAAGACCACCAAGUGGAGAAUGCACCCAACUUCUCGUCAUGGACCACCAGAACAUUCGGAUUCCGUCAUUACAUUGCUCAAGAGGGCUAUGAACAGCUCAACUACCACGUCGACGUUCAAGACAACCACCGUGACAACAUUCGCGAGGUUGCUGCCAAGGGUACUGUUUUGUUGAAGAACAAUGGCGCAUUACCUCUCAAGGGCACCGAACAACUCGUUGGUGUCUUUGGUGAGGACGCUGCUGACAACCAGUAUGGACCUAAUGGCUGCUCUGACCGUGGAUGCGAUAAUGGCACCCUUGCUAUGGGAUGGGGUAGUGGAACUGCCAACUUCCCCUAUCUAGUUGCUCCUCACACUGCCAUCGAGAAUGAAGUCCGCUCUCGAGGCAAGUCUGUUGAGAGUGUUCUCGAUCGUGCCGCCUACAGCCAAAUCGACACUCUCGCCCAACGUGCUGACGAAGUGAACGGUGCUUGUAUCGUCUUUGCCAACGCAGACGCUGGUGAGGGCUACAUCAUCGUCGACGGUAACCAAGGAGACCGCAACAACCUUACCCUCUGGCAGGGUGGUGAAGAGGUCAUCCGCAACGUUUCGUCCCUGUGCAAGAACACCAUUGUUGUGCUUCACACUGUCGGACCUAACAUCACUGCCAUCCUCUGGGCAGGUGUCCCCGGACAAGAGUCAGGCAACGCCAUUGUCGACGUUCUGUAUGGUAAGGUCAAUCCAUCCGGAAAGCUUCCCUUCACCAUGGGCAAAACCCGUGAGUCGUAUGGCACCGACCUUCUAUACGAAUACAACAACGGUGGCGCGGCCCCUCAGACUCAGUUCGAGGAGGGUGUCUUCAUCGACUACAGAGCCUUUGACAGACAAGAUGAAACUCCUGUCUACGAGUUCGGCUACGGUCUUUCGUACACCAACUUCAGCUACUCCGACAUCUUGGUCUCGGUCAACACUUCGGCUCCCGCCUACGUCCCUGCCUCUGGGUUGACCAAGGCUGCUCCCAUCUAUGGCACUGUCUCGAACAACUCUGCCGACUAUGUUUUCCCUGCCGAUGUCAGACCCAUCGAGUACUACAUCUACCCCUAUCUCAACUCCACCAACCUUCGCGCUUCGUCCCAAGACCUCCACUACGGUGGUAACUACAGCUUCCCUGCUGGCUCUUCUUCGAGUGUACCUCAGCCUCUUCUUCCCGCUUCUGGAGCUCCGGGUGGCAACCCCGGUCUCUACGACAUUCUCUACACUGUCACUGCCACUGUCGCCAACACUGGCUCUGUCGAAGGUGAGGAAGUUCCUCAGCUUUACAUCUCUCUCGGUGGUCCCGACGACCCUAAGGUCGUCCUUCGUCAGUUCGACAAGUUCUCGAUCGCACCUGGUGCCUCGAAGACCUUCACUGCUCAGAUCACCCGCAGAGAUGUCAGCAAUUGGAGCCCAGAGCUUGAUGAUUGGUAUGUCAGCGAAUAUCCCAAGACCGUUUACGUUGGCUCUUCCAGCAGAAAGCUACCUCUCAAGGCCGCUCUGCCCGCCAACGGCGCCACCUCUCCCGGUACUGGNCAAUGGUGGCUCUGGCUCCGGCAACGCCACUCGUCGAGCCAUUCAUACUCUUAUUCUCACUCUAACACCAAGAGCGGACACAACUCGUGGACCACCUACACCCAGCCCACUGGCUACCACUCGACCUGGUAG